ACUGCGCUCGUGCUGGUGAAAGCGUUAGGGAGGGACGGCGUUUCCUAGAAUGCUGCUUUGAGCGAGGGGUGUCGUGGGAAGAGAACUUAGAGAAUUUGAGGUGAGGGUGGAUGGCUAACGGCACGAAUUUCCGCGUUGUACCCGGGGGAGAUGAGAGCAGUGAAAGCGACGAUGAUGGCUGGGGUAUCGGGUUCAUGUCCGAGGCCCAGUGUUUAGAUGAAAUCUUGCAUACCCAGGAUAAAAAUGAAAUUUUCAAAAAAGCAUUAACUGCUGGAAACGUGUCUGUCAUUGAGGAACUCUUAAAUACAGGUAUAAAUGUAGAAUCUAGCCUUAAGUUUGGAUGGACUCCUCUCAUGUAUGCAGCUAGUGUUGCGAAUGUGGAACUUAUGUAUCUCCUUCUAAGCAGAGGUGCAAAUGCAAGCUUUGAGAAGGAUGAUUAUUCAGUAUUGAUGGCCGCAUGUACUGCCUCUGGUUCAGAAGAACAGAUUUUAAAGAGUGUAGAAUUACUGCUUUCAAGGAAUGCAAAUCCUAAUGCUGCAUGCAAGAAGAAAAUGACUCCAUUAAUGUAUGCAGCCCGGGAAGGCCAGUCUCAAGUUGUUGCUCUCCUUGUUGUUCAUGGAUCACAAGUAAAUGCUCAAGAUAAUGGCGGUUACACUGCAUUAACAUGGGCAGCAUGCCAGGGUCAUAAAAAAGUAGUAUUCAAGCUGCUUGAACUUGGAGCUGAUAAAUCAAUACAGACAAAAGAUGGACAGACCCCAGGAGAGAUUGCAAAGAAGAACAGGCAUUUAGAGCUUUUCAGUUUACUUUCUUUGACGGCAAGUCCUUUCCAAAGAAAGUUCCAGAACCUGACUAAAGAAGAACCUAUUCACAGAUUUAUAACUACAGUUCCAGAUGCCCUUAAAAGCCAUAAAAGCAGUUCCUAUGCAGCUUUUAGUGACAUGGAAGUCUUUCUACAUGGUCUUGAACUUGAACACAUAACAGAAUUACUGAAGGAGAGAGAAAUACCUUUAAGACAGCUUUUGACAAUGGGAAAAGAAGACUUAAUACAGAUUGGCAUCAAGAAUACCAGAGAUCAACAAAAAAUUUUAGAUGCUUUUAAAGAACUACAUAUAGAAGAAGUAAAGUUGGAAGAACUGUCUGCAGUGACAGAUUUGGAAUUCAGUGGUGAUGAAUUUCUUUCCUUUCUUAUGAAACUAAAAAGACAAUGCAUUCAACUUAAAACCUCUGUGCAGAAUAUUAUUAAUCAGUUUCCUACAGAUGCUCAUAAGUUGGUUCUUGAAUGGAGUCCACCACACAGUCUUGCUACAGUGUGUGAAGACCUAAUUUUGAGUGCUGAAGAUCUGACUGCAGAGGUGGUAAAACUAAAAAUGCUCAUGAAUAAGCUCCAAGAUGGGCAGAAUGAUGAUCCUUGCCGAAUGCAACCUUUGGUGGAAUAUGGCAGAUGGAAGACAGCUUUUCUAAAAAUAGCAGUACUAACUCUGGUUGGGUCUGGAUGUGUUUUCUUUAUUUUCAAAUUAUCUCUAAAGAAAAAUUGAAUUAAAAUAAGAUUUUAUGUAUAGUGGAUAAAGCUAGAUAAUUUUCCAGUUUUAAUUUUAAAAGGUAGAUUGAUUUUCACCACUUCUAAGUUAAGCAUGCAGCUUUCUUACACAAACCGAUUAUGCUACUGAAGUUGACCUAUUUUUGCUGGUGCAAUGUUUCAAGUUUUUUUUUGCAAAAAAUGAGGGUGGAGAUAGGAUUUGGAAGCAAAAUGUUCCCACUUCCAUUUGUAUAACCUUUGUCAUGCACAAGUCAGGUACAAAGUCACUCAGCUGACAUUUGUGCUGUUUACUAUUACAUUCGGACAGCAUGAUUUUGGGUUAUAGCAAAAACGAACAAUUUGCCGCUCACUGUUAAAAUUAGAAAAAGGGUGUGUUUGUGACAGCUCUGCUGGUAAAUUGGCAGUGUCUCUCAGAAUAGUCAUGAGGCUGAAUUGUAACCUUCACUUUCAUAUAUUGGUCACCACCACAAUAAAUCCCAAUUCUUAGAUUUUCAAAUUUUAAAUCCAUAUGAAUACAUGUUUAUGUUUCAGAUACAUAUUUUUAUGCAUAUAAUAUAACUGAGUAAGAACUAUUUUUUAUUCAUUAAUUUAUGCCUCCAAGUAAUCCCUAUACUGCCAAUAGGAAUGUUACGUUAGCUGUAUGUUAAGUUCUUUUAUUUCUCUCUAUAUAUAUCAUCAUCAGAUUUUUUUUGCAUUUUUUGAGCAGACAGGAAAUAUUCUCUCAUACUAACGUAUUUGACUAUUAUUAAUUAUUUCUUUAUGGAUUCUACCUACGGAAGUUGUCUUAUUUUAGGAAAACUGGGAAGAAGAAAGAUGGAACUCAAAUCCAACAAAUAAAAUAAACUUUGAUCUUGUUUAUAAUGUUUUUUUGCAAUGGCCACAAGUUUGCUUAGUUUGCAUUCUGACCUUGCUACAAGAAGUUAAUAUUCAAGAAUGUUACUUUUGUCUGGAUUCGUUUACUUCCUGAUCUUGUAUUUUUAAAAGCAAGAUCAAAAGAUCUCAGCAAAAUUACUUUAUAAUUAUAGCAAAAUGCUCCCAUUAUUAGGAAUUAAUAAAUUAUUAACUCAUGAAAAACAGCCUGUUUAGCUUGGAUUCACAUAUUUUACCAGGCUGCCCUUGUUUAAUUUUAUACCAUGUCAUAAAGAAACCACAGUGGCUAGAUCUCUGCAUCACAUGGUAUAUUUUGAAUUAAUACUGAACGCUGAAGUGAAAAUAGAAACUAUACCAGUCUGUGUAGAUUUCCAAAAUGCUCGCCCUUUUCAUUGCGGGUUUAUUUUUCACAUUCACUAUAUAUUUUAGGCAGUGCAACUAACAGAUCAAUAACCAAAUGAGUUAUAAUGGAAAAGACUUUGUUAAAUCACCAUGGCCUACCUAUGAGAGAACCUCUGUGAGGGGUUGUCACAUAUAUAUUCCUGGUUCUAUUAAAACACUACUAUUGGGGUUUACAUGAUUAUGUAUCACAAACUGUUACAGAAAUUCUCAAGAAUACUUUAUUUAAAAACUGAAAGAAGACUACUGACAUUCAAUAAACUCCCUUGAGUUUUAUUGCUUACAGUGCAAUAAAAUCAGAUAUAGCUUAACAAAUGGACAACAUGGUGCCAGUAAGAAAUUAACAUACCAGUCAAAAGCCUGUUUGCUUAGAGUAUAUUAAUGAAUUUGGGUGGCCAAGUCGAAGUCAAUAUCCAUAAAUUGCAAUUUUAGCAACAUUAUUUUAUUUGAAAAGUUAAGAAAUAUUAGUGUUAUGAAACUAUAACACAUGGCUGUAGUAGCCUGAAUUUAGUAAAAUUAGGAUUUUAACAGAUAGCUACCAUACAGAAUAUAAAAGAAAAAAACAUUCAUUCAAAUAUUUUGGAAGUCUUCAGCCUUCUAGUGCUACUAGAAAAUACCUAGACAGAAAUUAUACUACGUUAAAUUAUAUUCAGGAUUUUCAACAAUACAGGGUUAAUUUGGGAGGUUUUUUUUAUGCCACCUUUAUUAUUUUUAUAAAUAAUAAAACCAACAUACCUAAAACACCUCCAUCCUCCUAUUUUCCCCACAACAACUGUCCUGUGAGGUGAUUUAGCCUGAGAGAGAAUGACUGGCCAAAGUCACACAGCUGGCUUAUUAUAAUUGGUCCAAUAACUAAGUAAUACCCAAACCAAAUAAAAAGCAACUUGUUGUUCAAUAUUUCUCAAAUAACCAACUUCCAUCCUUACUAUGAACAGGAUUUGUAAAGAAGGACCAACUUUAACCAAUGCAACUUUUAUUAUUCCUUCAAAAGGAAAAGCUCUCUUCUAGUACUAUUAUUAAAAGUAACGUCUUUGCUAUGCCAUUUUCCUCCCUAACACAUCUGUAUACAGAUAUUUUAACAAAUGGGUUACAUGGCCACUUAGCUUUUUCAUGAACUCAAUCUUAGUACUCAUGAGUAAUAUUUGGGACAAGUGUGAGCCAAGAGAAACUUGCAAACCUAAGCAUAUCUGAAUCAAUAAGUGGAAUCCAUGGCCAAUGGAUUGGUCAUGGCUUUGGCUGUUGCAGCAUCACCUCGGACCAGAUGACCUGGUAGUAGUAAAACUCCCUUAUCACCACCCAGUUAGACUACUUGUAAUGCACUCUACUUGGUGCUACCCUUUAAAAGUACUUGGAAAAAAUCAUUGGUCCAAAAUGCAGUGGCAUACAUCAUUACAUUUGGUGGACUUCACAUUGAUUCCAGUUGAUUUCCAGGUCCAACUUAAGGUAGUUUUACUGAUCAAUGAAGACCCUUAUGGGUUGGUAUCUGGAUACCUUCAGGACAACCUACUCCCAUCAGUAACUUACACAAAAGAGAAACUGCUGUGAAUCCUGCAUUUUGAGAUGUUUGGGGGAGUGUGGUGAAAUGAUCUCUAAUAGUGUCAAUAUUGUGGUACAUCUGUGAGAAGAUCAGAUUCUUUUAUUAGUCCUUUGGAGAAUUUUGAAGACUGAAUUGUUUUAGAAAGCUCCUAAUGUUAAUGUUUCUAUGUUUAUUUGUACUUUAUGUUGUAUUUUUAAAUUAUUUUUGUAGUUGCUUAUUUCUGCCUAGAUGCUUUAUGUAAACCACUGAACAUCUCUUAAUCACAACAGCGUAGAAAUGUGAUUAAUAAGUAUAAGAGAUGGCGCUCAUUAUGGUAUAUAAAACGAUGUGUGAAUUCAGUUGAUUGUUUAACCAUUCAGCACUGCAUAUUCAAGCAAUACAUAUGCCGUAGCAGGUUCAAAGGCUUUCCACUGUUACCAAAUAGUUUAUGGAUGGAUAAUGUGUUUUAUACUAAAACCAACUUUCAUGUGCCUUAGAUUGGGGAAUUGCAAAACCAAUAGAGCAUCUAACGUAAGAAAAAAAUUACAGUGUAAGAGAAUGCCACUUUACCCAAUAAUAAUCUCACCUCUUUUUGCCCUGAGGAAAGAUUCUUUAUACAAACAUUGUUUGGACAUAGAACAUUAUGUACUUCAUGUUGGUCUUUUUGUAUAGUAUAGUAAUGAGUUUUUUUCUCAUAGAAUUUGAUACACUGGCCAAACUUGCAAACCUAAUUUUCAUGGCAGUGAUAUUUGUGAUGUUCUUGGCUGUGCUAGAUGUUUUGACAUCCUUAGGAUUAUAAAUGUUUCGGGCUCUAUUAUUCUAUGCCUUGAUAAAAUGGAUGUGCAAAAAACUGGAAAGGGCUAAAAUGUGGAAAAGUAACAAGAAUGACUGGAAUAAAAAAUCACAUUUGUUUUUCCAUUCAUGUAAUUCCUGGUUAUUGUGUUGAAGCCUUUGUUACACUUUUAUUUGUACAUAAACAGCUUUUUUCUAUUUAUUUUGCUAAUAAAGUUGGACUUAAGCUUU